GAAAUAUGGAAAAAACACUAUCAUGUAAUAACGCAGGAUUGAUCGAAAGCUUUUGUUUUAAAUCCGGAGUAUUUAACCAGGAUAUAUUGUAUUCACAUAUUCUUUUUUCUCGUGAAUUUCAAUAGAAAAAAGAUAACAUAAAAGGACGUUUCAUGGGAUAUGAACUAUUUGAGAAAGUCAACAAAGAAAAUGAUAAACAUCGAAUAAACGCCACCUGAUUUUUUCGUUUUAAAGCUUUAUUUUCAUAUGAAGAGAGCUUUACUUCCUUAUUUGAAUAAAUAUUUGAAAUGGGCCGGGGGUGAUUUGAAAGUUCGUGUAUUGAUCCUUCUCUAUGACCUAUUGUAAAAAAGAACUUAUUUGGUGCAUAUUCAUUUUUUCAAACCUUCGUCUUGCGACAUUGCGAGGUAAGGCCAUGUUGUGUUAGAAUAUUUUUAACAAAGAUUUAAAUGCGAAUUUAUCCAUUUUUUUGUAUUGAUACAUUUUCGACAACUGUGUUGCCUUGGUUUCCCUGAUUUAUCUAUAUAUUUUGUGUAAUUAUAUUCAAUAAUUAACGAUUAGUUUAUAUUUUUCCGGAGUUAACUCUGGACUUCACCUAACAACAUUCUAUUGUUACCGUAGCCUCAAAUCCGUCUUUUGCAAAUCAACCUUGCCACGUCACAUCACUGGACAAAGGACUGUCGCAGGAUGCAUUCUUAAUCACAAUUUGUGGCUAACCACAGCUUAUUUACCAUUUUUGGAUUGGUGAUAGAAUAAAAGUCAGCACUUGAUUUUUUUUAUCUCUUAGUAAACCCAAUCACCUGGUUUAAACUGACUGGUCGAGCCAGCACAGUAAAUAAGCUACAACUUGCCUGUUGUGUAUCACAGAACACUCCACCUUGCGGCAGUGACAACGCCUACAACCAGACGUCGGCUGUGCAUUCCUUGACAUUGUAAAUUGACGACAACCUGUCUACACAUAUCCAGACAAGGAACUGCAACGUAGCAUCGUUACAACAACAUUACGCAACACAGCUUGUGUUUACAAGGCAGCAAACCGCCAACGUUUGCAACAGUCUAUUUUAAUCUUACUAUCCGUAAGUUGAUUAGAAAACAUGGAUUCUGAUCACGCAGAACGCCAAGAUGACCCCGAGCGUCAAGAAACAAAACUCCAAACAGAAGCGGAGCUGAAAAUAGAUGCUGGACAGACUGUGGACAAUCCGUCGAAUGUAGAGGAAAAUCCCGAGACUAGGCGAGUAUGUGACCUCACGGAAAAAGGCCAGGGAGCAUUCACAGAAAAACGUGACAAGUUCUAUCAGGAACUAGAGGCCCUCUGGUCUGAUAUAGAAUCCCAGUUAUUGGAAGUCACCACGCUACCUAACGAGCUCCAGCAACUCUUAACAGCACAGGACAAACUUGUAAAAGCCUGUACUAACUAUCGUAGGCUCACAGAUGAAUACCUGAACUUUCUGAAAAGGACCAGAACAUUGGACAGUCUAAAGGACAAAGACGCAUGUAAUCUCACGUUGGAUAUUCGACUGUCCAAAGUGGACAUGGCAAUAGAAACAUUGCAUGAACAUCGCAUCGCCCUGACAAAGGCAAAAUCCACUAAAACAAAGACCUCAAAGGGUACGAAAACCUCACACAGCGGUAGCUCUAACGUGUCUGACAUGCCAAGCCUAGCACGGAGGAAGCGUGUCAAAGCAGAGGCUGCCAAGUCUAAAAUAGCCUUUGUCGAACAACAUGCCCUGAUCCUUCAACAGGAGGCAAUGUCAGAGGAACAAGCUCUGAUCAGACAAGCUGAAAUGGAACAGGAAGCCACACGUAAAAAGGCUGAAAUGGAGCAGGAAGCCACACGUAAAAAGGCGGAAAUAGAGCAAGAAGUAGCUCAACGUAAAGUUCAGCUAGAACAAGAGGCCAUACGCAGGAAGGCUCAAAUGCAACAAGAGGCCGCACGAGUAAGCCGGGAAAAGGCCGAGCUGAAGGCCAAAAUUAACCUUCUCGAAGCACAAAGAGAAGCUGCAGCCGCAGAAGCAGAGGCUCGUAUUCUUGAAUACGACGACAGCCAAGCGUUUGGCGAUAUACCUGACGAGACAGAAGACCCGCUCCAACGGGUGCUAGAUUUCGUCAAUAAACAUCCUGUACCAACUGCCGUACAGGAAGUAACAGGACCUCAAAAGACAAAACAAAUUCCUGUUAAAAUAGAGCUAAGUCAUGAAACACCAGCGUUCGUGCCAUCCGUGGCACUGAACCUGCCAUCACAGACACCUGCGGUCUUGCCCACACAUGCUAAAUCACCGGAAGUUAAUGUAUUCCCAGAUCUGGGAACAAUAACUGGCAUAGGAAAACAGAGCGUUUUAGAAAAGAUCCAUGUUGCAUACCAAAAACUAGGCGUUUCAGAGGAGAUCCUUGCUGAACACCAAAAACAGGGUGUUGCAGAAGAGAUUCCUGUUGCACACCAGCAAUAA